CGAUGAUAACGGUAUUUGACUGAGCAGACUGUUAUUUGGCGCGUGCGCACCACCUUUUCUUCCUUUCUGCAAAAUCUUCGCCAUGGCUCCGGUGAAACUCAAAAAGCAGCCAGCCAAAGGCGGCAAGAAGAAGAAGCAGGUCCUGAAGUUCACCCUGGACUGCACCCAUCCCGUGGAGGAUGGCAUCAUGGAUGCUGCCAACUUCGAGCAGUUCCUGCAGGAACGCAUCAAGGUGAACGGCAAGGCUGGAAACCUUGGGGGUGGCGUGGUGAGCAUUGAAAGGAGCAAAAGCAAGAUCACAGUGUCUUCUGAGGUGCCCUUCUCCAAGAGAUACCUGAAGUAUCUCACCAAGAAGUACUUGAAGAAGAACAACCUCAGGGACUGGCUGCGCGUGGUUGCGAACACCAAGGAGAGCUAUGAACUCCGCUACUUCCAGAUCAAUCAGGAUGAAGAGGAGGAGGAAGACGAGGAUUAAAUGGCAGCCCUCCUCCUUUUUUUUGUACAUUCAAUAAAUCAUCGUACCCUUACAAUAGUUCA